AAAACAAAUACAUAUGUAUGUAUGCAUGUAUCUACAUACUGUGGUGUUUGCGUUGAUGUUAUUUACGUUAGUAAAUUGAAAUUAUUUAAAACCUCUUUAAUAAAAAAUGGGUGGAAACGGCAUUGCUGCUGAAUUAAAAUUGGAGAACCACUUCCCAUUAAAAGAUGAAUAUAUAAAGCUUCAAAAGAAUUAUUCUAAAUUGGAACGAAAGUACAAUGAACUUGUUUCAACGCAAGCAAGUGAUGAUUACCCAGGAGAGCCUUCAAGUUUUUCGGCUAGACUUUCGUUGACAGCUGCUUCCUUAUACGGGCGUCAUACAUAUUCAGAUAUCAACAUUCGAACCAUGUCGAAAAUUGUUCCAGCCCAUAGAUUUGUCCUUCAUGCACGGUCUGAAAAAUGGCAAGAUGCCGCGUUAUGCAGCAUCCAAGAGCUUGACUGGAGUGACAUAGAGGAAGAUAUCGUUUUGGUUCUUUUACGUUGGAUAUACACAGAUCAGGUCGAUUUGCAUCAUGACCGUUUAAGUUUGGACUUAAUUAAAGUAGCACAUCGAUUUAGUUUAUCAACUCUCUUGGGAUUAUGUGAAAAAACACUAGUCUCUUCAGUCGGAAUAAGAUCUUGCGUUCGAUUUUAUUGUGUUGCCGAAGAAAUAGGAGCAUCAACGUUGUUAGAACAUUGUUCUGGUAUAAUAUCAACGCAUUGGGAUGACUUAACAUGUGAAGAUUUUGAACAUAUGUCAGGUCCUUUACUGUUUAAAAUGUUAAAAAACAAAAGCAAGAAUCCACUCCAUUCUGCUGUAAAACUUGAAAGAGAAGACGUUGUUUUAUUAUGCAUUGUUGAAAAUAAUGACACAGUUUCAGACUUUGUAAAUAUUUAUUCAGAAAACGGACUUUUACCUUUACAAAUGGCUUUAUUGGCAAAAAACAUAAAAAUUGCUCAAACACUUGUUGAAAAUGGAAGGGCGGAUAUAAACGCGCUCGACAAAGAGGGAUCACCGCUGGUAAUAUGGGCACUUAGAAAUUGUGACGUUUUUUCAGUAAACUUUUUGUUAAAUAAAAAUUGUCUAUUAGACCUUAUGUCAAGAUCUUCAUCAGAUACAGCUUUACACAUAAUUUGCAACUAUAAUUGCAGAAAUGAAAAUUGGAAAGAAAUUGUUAAAAUAGGAGAACAAAUUCUAGAGAGAAACCCCAAUGUAAACAUUCAAAAUGUCAAAGGAGAAUCACCUUUGCACAUUGCCGUCAAUAGUGACAAUAAGGAAAUGGUGCAUCAACUUCUUAAAGUACCUAAUAUUGACAUUAAUUUACAAACUUUUGAGGGAAAGUCUGCUUUGGAGCUAAGUUUAACAUCGGAAUUACUUGACUUUACGAUCGCCUCAAAUCUUAUUCAUUUUGGGGCAGAUCCCAAUGUUGUUAAAUCAUCAACAGGAGAUAGUUUACUCCAGGUGCUUACAAUAGGGGGUGAACAUUUUGAGGAGGCAGCAAUUUUCCUGGCGGACUUUUCAAAUCUGGAUCACACAAAUUUUCUAGGAUUGACAGCAUUACAUAUAGCAGCUUCAAAAAAUUUAUCAAAGUUAGUUAGGAAGUUGCUGAUAAAAGGGGCAUCAUGCAAUCUAUUAUCGAAUAAUGAAUGGUUGAGAUCACCCGUACAUAUGGCAGUUGACGCUAAUUCUGUUGAUACAUUGGAAGCUUUUGUUGAGUUAAAAAAUUCCGUUAACACCAUGAUAGAUUUUAACUGUCAAGAUUGCAAUGGAGACUCGCCCUUAAGCUUUUGUUUAUCCCAAAAUAAAACGCAUUUAGUACCUAUUUUGAUUCGGGGUGGUGCGGACAUUAACUUUAGAAAUUCAGAUAACUUAAGUCUAUUGCAUCAAUCCAUUUCAAAACGAGAUGAAGAUACUGCGGUUUAUUUACUUGAAAAAGGUGCCGACUAUACCUCAGCAAAAGGUGAACAGACCUCUUCAUUGAUUAUGGCAAUUGAAUUAAAUCUACCUAGAGUGGUAGAAGCCCUUUGCAUAAUUGGAGCCGCACUAAGUUCGUUUGAUAAUAAUGGAGUUUCACCAUUGUGGACUGCUUUAAAAUUAGGAUACGAAGUUGAGGCGCAGAUACUUGUAAAGCACGGCGUUGAUACUGACUGUUGGGACAUUGGGCCGAAUGGAUGCAUGCAAACACUUCUACAUCGCGCAAUAGAGGAACGAAAAGAAUUUGUUGCUAUAUUUCUGAUUGAAAGCCAAUGUGACUUGGACUCUGCACGGCAACCAGGCACAAACGAUGAAGGUGCAGGAAAUGGACAUGAUAAAUCUUCCCCAUUGCAUUUGUGUUGUCGGUGGGGUCUUACCAAAGUACUCCAAACCUUAAUUGAUCAUGGCGCUAAUGUGAACUCGCAAGAUUCUGAUAAAAAAACUCCCCUCCAUAUAGCAAUUGUUAACAAUUACGAUGAAAUAAUAACUAUUCUUCUUUGUCAUCCGGUCAUAGACUUAAAAUUACGAGAUAUAUCUGGAAAUACCUGCUUUACAACUGCCUUAGAAGUGCGUAACCACAAGGCGGCACAACGCAUUUUGGAUAGACUUCCAUCCGCAGCUGAGCAAAUGGAUCAAAGGGGACGUAACUUCUUGCAUUUAGCUAUAGCUAAAGAUGAUUUAGAAAGUGUACUUUUUUUAAUAUCAGUGCAGGUCGACGUAAACUCUCGUGUACACGAUGCCAACCAAUCUACGCCACUACAUUUGGCUGCUGCAUCCCAAAAUGAAAUGAUCACUAGAAACUUAAUUUUAGCUGGUGCCCGAAUAAACGAAAGGGAUGCACUACAAAAAAUUCCCCUCCAUACAGCUAUUGAGCUGGGAAAUCUUUCCGCUGUGUCUGCCUUAAUCCAAAAUAAUGCUGAUUUCGACGCAAUCGACGUUGACGGAAAUAAUGCUUUACAUCUUGCUGUUCGUAAUGGGCAGUUUUUAAUUGUGCGGGAACUCUUAACAGAAUCAACAGUAAACGCGGAAGCUAUGAAUUUUAAAGGUCGGAAUCCUAUGCAUGAAUUAUGUCGUGUUGUUGAGGACAAUACUGCUGCUACCAUUUGCGAGUUAUUUCUCGAGUGUAUGCCUAAAUAUCCAAUCAACACUCCUGAUAUGGAUGGAAAUACGCCGUUACUUCUCUCUUUUAUGCGUGGGCAGUCACCACUUUGUAAAGUUCUUGUGAAAGCAGGCGCUUGUUUAGGCACUGAAAACAAGAAUGGAAUUAAUAUUUUUAACUUCAAGCUUGCCACAAACCAACUGCUCCAUAAAUUACUGGAUCAGUUGCCGCAAGAAUCACCCUGGUCAGAGUCCGAUGUAUGCCAAGAAUGUACUGUAAAAUUUACAAUUACCAUGAGAAAACACCAUUGCCGACAUUGUGGACGAGUUCUUUGUUUUAAAUGUUCAAAUAAUGACGUUCCAAUUCUGAAAUUUGGCAUAAACAAACCGGUCCGUGUUUGCUACGUCUGCUUUACCAUAUUGCAAUGUGGAAAUGGAAUUUAACAUUUAAAAAAAUUUUAUAAUAAUUACAAUUUUAAAAAAUAUUCCUAUGUACAUUCGAAAGAAAAAGAAAAUCUAGCGCCAUGAUGUUUUAUUUUGCGUUCUGAGUGGAAGAGAAAAAUUAAAUUUUUUUUUUUCGAAAAUGGAGCAAAUUUAAAACAUUUUUUG